AUGGGUCUUUGCCUCUCUUGCUGCUGUGAUGACGGUCCUGGCUUCGGCGGUGGCCCUGGAUUUGGAGGCCCUGGUGGCCCCGGUGGUCCCGAUGGUGGCUUCGGAGGUCCUGGCGGUGGCUUCGGGGGUCCUGGUGGUGGUUUCGGUGGCCCUGGUGGCGGUCCCGGCGGUCCUGGCGGCGGUGGUCCUGGUGGCCCUGGAGGACCCGGAGGGCCUGGAGGGCCUGGCGGAUGGUAG